CCGACUCCAUAGCGAUGGACUUUUUGUGGUCUGCCUACGGCGUUACUGCGUGAGAAACCCGCCUGAAGGCAAGAAAACAGACACGUGGUUGUUAUUAGUCGCCGAAGAUGGACGAGAAGAUUGCGCAGUUCGCGUCCGUCGCUGGCGUGAGCGCGGAUCGCUCCAAAUUCUUUGUGGAGGCGGCCAAUGGAGAUAUAGAUGCUGCUCUUUCUACCUUCUAUGAGUCAGGAGGGGCAGAAGGUACUGACUCUGGAGCAAACGCAGAAGUGGAAGUUGAGGCAGGUGCACAUUGGCUUCGGCGCACUCCUGUGGGAUACACCGGACCUAGAACUCUGUCAGGGGCUCCGGCUGAACCUAUUUCUGCGUCUUGGGGCCAGGCCGACGCGGCCACCACCUCUGGACGCGCCAGUAGCAGCGCCAGCAGUCGACCCACUGGACGUUUAGGAGGCAUUGCAACUCUCAGCAGCAUGAGAGACGAGGAGGGCGGUACACGUGCACGCGGUGGAGGUGGGGGGUUCAGAGGCGGGAUUGGCAGGAUCCACCAACCGGAAGACGACGAGGACGAUGAUAGCCCUCCAAACCUCUUCGCUGGAGGCGAGCGCAGCGGGUUGAGUGUACAAGACCCCGAAGCCGAGCGCAGGCGGAGGCUUCUGCAGGCAAUGGCAGCUUCACAGGCGCAAAGCGAGGAUGGCGGCAUGGAUAUAGUGAACAACAUCCUACGGCAAGCAGCGGAGGCAGGACCCCCUCCACCCGCCGCGGGUGGCCGAGGACCUGCGAGAGGGCAGGCAAGUGGCAACAUCCACGCCUUUGGUGGUCGCGGUCGCACCAUUGGUGACGACGGCGAUUCUGCACCCACGCUUGCAGUGAGAAAUGGAAGCGACCGGUCGCGACUUGGAGUGUCUGGUGCGUAUGGCGGAACCGGGGCUGUCGAGGAAGGCGAAGAGGGGGUAGAAGAUGGAUCGAAUUUGCCGCCUGCUGUUAGACAUGUCACCUUUUGGCAAGAUGGAUUCACGAUCGGCGAAUCGCAUCUUUACAACUAUGACGAUCCCGAGAAUCAGCGUAUCCUUGCUGCUCUGCAAGCACAGCGAGCGCCUUUAUCCUUGCUCGACGUCAAACCCAAUCAAGAGGUCGAACUUCGGGUGGAGAAGAAAACGGAUCAAAAGUACACGCCGCCACCGCCACCUGCCAUGAAGGCCUUCUCGGGUACCGGAAACAGACUCAGCAGCCCCGUGCCAAGUGUUGCAACCGCUGGACCUUCUCGUUCCCCUGCAGGCGCGCCCAUCGGGUCCACCGCUCCACCAGCGUCACAGGUGCAAUGUGAAGUGGACAGUUCCAAGCCAACAACGCAACUGCAAUUGCGUCUGGCUGACGGAUCGCGCAUAGUGGGGCGCUUCAACCAUGAGCACACAAUCCGCGAUGUGCGGAGCUAUAUUAACGCUGCCAACGCCGGUAUGGAGACCCGCCCUUACGUUCUUCAGACGAGCUUCCCACCCAAGCCGAUCGAAGACGAGUCUGCCACGCUCAAGGACGCGGGUCUUCUGAAUGCUGUUGUAAUUCAGAAGUGGGCCUGACGCAGUCUGGAUAGGUGUCGAUGAUUGUGCUAUUCCAGUACUUGUUGAGCUGUCGGUCACGGUGGACUCGCUGUCCAAUGCUGAGACCAGCAUGGACCGUGAUAGAGCAGGCCAUGCGUCGUGCUGAGCCUGACCUGCCCGCCUUUCACGCUCCUAAUUGUCGAUUCGCCUUUCUAUAUAUGCAGAUAUCCACUUGUAUCCCAUCUCAGACAGCUGUG